UCCACAAACAACUCGGUUUUCUUUCAGUUUUCUACAUUUAAAACAAAGAUUUAACGGUGACGUUUGGCAACACAAACUCGUAGUUGUGGCUUAAUGCUCCUGAACAGAAGAUAACGUCUGUCAUUUAUGCUGUCAUCAUGUCCCAGACCAACUCCUCUCUCCUGGACGAGGUGGUGCAGUGGAGUCAGGAAACCUGCCGCCGGGAGCUCAAGUCCGUCCUGCCAAAACUCACUUCUUUGCAUAAUAACUCUGAGAGUUGGGAUGACCAUAUACGUGUGUUGAAGAUCAUCACAGACAUGUUCCUCCCUCAUAUUGGUUUGUCUGAGCUGGAAGAUGAGUGCUUCUCCAAGAUCCUACCAAAGGCGGUGACGAUGUUUGACCGCAUGAUGAAAGAAAUCAUGGACCACGUUGGAGGCCUGUCGAGUCAAAACACUGAACUCUGUUCCUUACUCAGGAACAUCCUGCAGGCAAUGAUGCAGAUAAUCAACGCUCUAUCCACCUGCGUGCGUCAUGUUGGUUCGUUUGGGGAAACUCCCGAUAUAGACGCCAUCCGCUCGUUACCAACUUGUAUCCUGAAAGUCCUGAGGGAAACCUUUCAGCACUGCAAGGAGAGUGAGGUGGUUUAUUGCGGCCGCCUGUCCCUGGUGGCCGACCUGCUGCAGGGACUCUUUAAAGAGGCCUACUCCCUCCAGAAGGCUCUGCUGGAGCUGCUGGAGCCGAUCUCACUGGACAGCAACGCCUCAGAGGAAGAGGUCUCUGACAUCGUAACAGUGAUUCACAACCUGCUGGAUAUCUGCUCCAUCAUCUCUAACUUGGACAUGGCAAUGCAUGCAAACACAUGGAAGUUUGUCAUCAAACAGAGUCUGAAGUACCAGUCAUUGGUGGAGGAACAUCUGCAUCACGGAGACAUCAGCAGCAGCCUGUGUGACAACCUGCUGGCCUCCUUCCUCACCUCUGUGGAGCUCGCUGAACAGAUCACACACGCUGGACUACAGGAGUCGACACAAAGCCCAGAAUACAAACUGUUCCAGAAAACUGCAAAGAUGUGCAGAUUCUUUGCCAACACGUUGGUUCAUUACAUAAAGGAGUUUAAAUGUUUUCUGACAAAGUAUUGCAACGACUUUCACCAACUCUACCUCCAGAUAAUGAGUAAGUUCCCUCCCAGCCUGUGUGCUCCAUCUCUUCCCCCCGCUCUGUCCGGGGAGCUGCAUGCAGCCGCUCUGGUUCCCAUCGAUGCCUUCCUGCUCCAGCUGCUGCCUCUAAGGCCCUUCGCUGAAAUUGUCCUCCAGCAGGACCUGCGACUGUCUCCUGAACAUGAGCUUCCUCACUGCCUGCUGCUGGUGAACGUCCUGGGUCAGCUCUCCUCCCAACCAGAGGAGGUGCUGCAGCUUUGGUACUCCGGCAGCCACUUCUCAGAGGAAACUCCCAGGCUCCCUCUCUACCAGGCCUUGUUCACCAGUUUCAGGCGAUGCUACACUGAGCGCCAGGUACCGGUGCUGUUGCCGGGGGUGAUGAUGAAGGGUCAGGCCCAGGUCCAGGUCUCGCUGCACAACCACCUCUGUGUGCAGCUCUGUGCCAGCGUGGCUGCGCUGCCUCCGGUGUUCCUCCGUGUGCUGGUGAG